AUGAAUCUAUCUCGGGCUACGAUAACCCGGGCGGGGUCCCUGACUCUACCACCAAAGAGAUUCCAGUGGGUAUUGGACAAACUCUGGUCGUCGAAACAGCAGCGAAGACAACUAACUUUGCACGGCUAUGAUACUCAACAACUCCUCAGAUCACACGGAGUUCCAGUCCCGCGAGCAAUCUUGGCGCAGACGCCUCUCGAGGCUCGGGAUGCCGUAAAGGCUUUAGGUAAACGCUGCAUCCUACGAGCCCAAGUCCUCCAUGGGCACCUGGACAAGCUCCUUUUUGAAGGUGGGCUGAGAGGGGGCAUCCAGACAGUCGACAGCCCAGAGCAGGGACUUGAGGUGGCCACGAGGAUGCUUAAUCGUCAGGCCAUCUCGGAGAACAUGCGCCAUCGGUCCUUGACUGUCAACAAGCUGCUGGUGUCCGAAGGGCUGGCUCACGGAGAGCAGUGGUACAUGGCCAUGACCAUUGACCGGGAGAAGUACUGUCCCACGGUCAUCGUCCGCAAAUGUGAUCACAGCGGCAGAGAAGGGAAUAUCUCUGGAAAUAACGUAUCCGCAAAAGGCGCUUCCUUUGCAUUUGGUUUCACGCAAGGUAUCACUGAUGAGGUGGUCUCGCAGAUUUCCCGACAUCUCGGUGUAGCAGACCAGGAAGAGACGAAUCUCGAUGACAUCCUCACAAGAUCUUAUAGGAUAUUCAAAGAAACAGACGCAACUUUGCUAGAAAUCAGCCCUCUGGCUCGACUAAAUUCUGGACUCUUCAGUUGCCUCGAUGCCCGGCUGGUCGUCGACGACGAUGCGGCACAUCGCCAGCCAGAUCUCUUCCGCCUGCGCGACACGAGUCAGGAGGUGCAGGAUGAAGUCAGGGCAGAGCAGCACAACCUGGUCUACAUCAAGCUCACCGGCAACAUUGGCAACAUUGUCAACGGAGCAGGUCUGGCGAUGGCCACAAACGAUGCAAUCGGGCUUCACGGCGGGGCCAGUGCUAAUUUCUUAGACGCUGGGGGUCAGGCGACCAAGGAGACGAUGAUUCAAGCUCUCGGCAUCGUGCUGGGCGACGAGCGGGUAAAAGCGAUAUUGAUUAACAUCUACGGAGGAAUCACUCGCUGCGACAUGAUUGCCGAAUCCAUCAUUGGAGCCGCGCAGGAGAUGACCCUGGCCGUCCCACUUGUCGUGCGCCUUCAGGGAACCAAUUCGACGCAAGGAUUGAAGCUGCUGGCGGAUGCAGACCUUGGGCUCCACGUCGAAUCGGAUUUUGGGCGUGCGGCAGAGAAGGCGGUUCAGCUGGCUGGGGAAUCUUCUUAG